AUGGAAACAGCUGCAUGCGCGCGCGCCGCGCAGGCAGAGGAGGCUGGCGGCCUGGCCUGCACUGAUGUCACGCCUGAAGGUUUCUAUUUCGACAUGGGCGGCCAUGUGGUCUUCAGCCAUUGGGACUACUUCGACCAGGCAAGGGUGUCUGGGCGUUUGGGCGGCCCGCUGCUGGAUACAGCCCUGGGGCCCGGGCCUGACGCCUGGAACACCCACCAGCGCGUGAGCUACGUCCGGGUCAAGGGCCGCUGGGUGGCGUACCCCUUCCAAUCCAACAUCUCAGCCCUGGAUAAGGACGACCAGGUGGGGGCAUGGGUGCAUGGGGCCGUGCGGGAGCCGGGCGGCCGGGUGCCAGGGCUGCGGCCGGUGGCGGGUGCCGGUCGCGGCGGCGCGGGGGAUGUGGGGCAGGCGGGCGGCGAGAGCCCCGCCCCGCGGCAGGCGGCGGUGGCAUGCCUGGCGGGCCUCGUGGAGGCCAAAGUGGCUGACGCGACGGCCGGGGGCCGGCCCGCCACGUUUGACGAUUGGAUCAUGCGCUGCAUGGGCCGAGGGAUCGCGGAUCUCUUCAUGCGCCCCUACAACUUCAAGGUAUGGGCGGUGCCGACGACUCAGAUGCAGUGCGAGUGGCUGGGGGAGCGCGUCGCAACGGUCGACGUCGGCCGCGCCAUCGCCAACGUGGUGCACGGCAGGGAGGACGCCGGCUGGGGACCCAAUGCAGUGUUCCGCUUCCCAAAGCGCGGCGGGACGGGCGCAAUGUGGCGGGGCGUCGCGGCGCUGCUGCCGCGGGAACGGCAGCUGUACAAGCAGCGCGUCACCACAAUCGACAAGGACACACGGACGGUCUCGCUGGCGUCCGGCGGGCGCAUCCACUACGAGAAGCUGCUCACCACCUUCCCCCUCGACGUCACGCUGACGUGGCUGGGCAGGCGGGAGUGGGCGGAGGGGCUGCAGCACAGCUCGACGCACAUCUGCUGGCUCUACUUUCCAGAGCCCGACUGCCCCUUCUACCGAGCCACCGUGUUCAGCAACUAUGCGGAGGCCAACUGCCCGGCAGCCUCCGUGCGGCUGCCCACACUUUGCUUGGGGGACGGCAGCGAGCCCAGCGGCGCAGCGGCGGAAGAAGGGGCGACAACCGCCGGCGUUGGCCGCCCCGAUGGGAGCAGCGGCCCCAGCGGCGGCGGCUGCGCGGCGGCCGGAGGAGUAGGCGGACCAGGAGGGGAACCUGGGGAGGCAGCUGGGCCGUAUUGGAGCCUCAUGUUUGAGAUUAGCGAGAGCGCCCUGAAGCCAGUCAACCAGGCGGCCGUCCGAUUAGGAGGCGGCACCUG